UGUCUUCACGCUUUGUGAGGACAGUAACGUUCUGUGAACUAAAACUAGUGAAUCUAAUUGUGCGCUUGAACUGUACUGUACGUGCCACUUUCCAAUCCCGACAUGACGUCCUCAAUGAUUUCAGUAUAUUCUCCGUCGGGUCCGCUUUUGGUACCGGGUGGACUUCCACCGGGGAGCCUGAUUAGAACCAGAGGAGUUGUCCACGAAGGAUUCUGUCAUAUCGAUCUUCAAACGGGAUCCGAACCAUAUCCAAACGUUGAUAUUGCGCUGCACAUUAUCAUUCGACCGAGUUGGAACCAGGUCGUAAGAAAUACUUUUCAAAAUCGUGCCUGGGGGACCGAAGAGACUGACGGGGGUUGUCCGAUUCGUUACGGGCAGCGGUUCGAGCUGUUGAUACUGGUCUUGGCAAACAUGUUUAGAAUCGCAAUCAAUGGAGCCCAUUUCCGUGAUUAUCAUCAUCGAAUGUCGUUAUAUUCGGUUAAAUAUGUGAAGACCGGUCUACAAUGUCAGAUCAGUUCGGUUUCCACAGAAAUUGAAAAUUACUGUGUUCCUGCACCGCCAUAUCCUAGAAGUCUCCGAGAUGGUUAUCGUGUAGAUUUCAAGCAACAAACGUUCGCAGGAAAUAUAAGCUUUGUUCCUCAGCCGAUGCUAUCACAAACAGCGGACACACCAGAGCCCGAUUAUCUCGUUGAUGAACCUGAUCUGAAUUCAACUGAACUUACUGUUGCAAAUUAGUCCAAAUUGCCGAAAACUGCAAGUUAGUAUGCGUUUAUAAUUCAAAUGCCUGCAUGCAUGGAUUUUAGUCACAGUCCAUGUACGAUAAAAAGUUUAUAUGUGAAUUUUUUUUUAAAAUUAUGCUUAGAAUUUGAUUUUGUUUGAGUUUUUCAAAAAAAAUAAAAUUUGGAUAUUUUCGAAAAA